CGCGUUGGGGACUAAAUGUGGGCGGAAACAAAAAGUCUUCGGGAGUCUGAUAAACUGCAGAGGAACGUGGGAGAGAGACGCAGAACGUCUGGAGCCAAAUUCCUCUCGAUUUGGAGCCAGGAUUUCACCAACAUGAUGUUUCCAGGGGAUCUAAGGUCUUUGGUUUUGGUGCUGGUUUGCCUGUUUUCUGCUGCUGGUGCUUUCGAAAUAAACGGCACUAAUCCACGGACCUUUGUCAUUGGGAUGCCCAAUGACAAUGAACCAAUAGAUUGUGUUGAUGAAGAUCAUCAAUUGGAUUGUUGGAGCCGCUUGGCUCCAACAAUCCAAACGGUAAGGAAUAAAACAUUAAAUGGAUCCCUCUCUGAAGAGGCACGUCAGUUCCUGACGAGCCCCAUUUCCACGAUACUCAUGCCUUCGUUCUACACCUUGGUGUGCUGCAUCAGCGUUCCCAUCAACCUCGCCGCCAUCGUGGCCUUCUUUAAGGGCAUCCAGCCAAAGAAGCCGGCGGCAAUCUACAUGCUGAACCUGGCCUCUGCGGACCUGCUCUUCGGCCUCAUGCUCCCUUUCAAGAUCUCUUACCACUUCAUGGGCAACAACUGGAUAUUCGGCUGGUUCCUGUGCCGAGUGGUCACCGCCAGCUUCUACUGGAACAUGUACUGCUCCGUCCUUCUAAUAGCCUGCAUCAGCGUGGACCGGUUCCUUGCGGUUGUGUACCCCAUCGACUCCCUGGCUUGGAGGAAGACGGAGAACACCAUCAAGGCCUGCGUGACCAUGUGGGUCCUGUCCUUUGCCGCCUCCGUUCCUCUCGUCGUCUCCGACCAGACGGCUCACGUUGAGGGGCUGAACAUCACCACCUGCCACGACGUCCAAACCGUUGAGGCGAUUUUGUGGUUGAAGAUUUAUUUCGUUGUCAUCUGUUUCUGCCUGUUCGUUUUGCCCUUUCUUGUCACGGUGGGGUCCUACACCAAGGUGAUCUGGACGCUGAGCAGCGUGGCACGCGGGCUUCAAGGAAGAUCACGCAAAAAAACGAGAGCGGUGGUGAUGAUCUUGACGGUCCUAGUGAUUUUCGUGCUGUGCUUCAUGCCCACCAACUGCUUCCUGCUGGCACACUACUUGCUGUUUGAGGCAUCCAACAAUGCCUCGAAGGCCACCGACAGCUCCUACGGGCUCUACUUGAUGUUUUUGUGUUUGGGCAGCCUGAACUGCCUCCUGGAUCCCCUCCUCUACUACUUCGGCUCUUCCCAGUGUCAGAGACAGCUGUCCAACAUGCUGUGCAGAUCGUCGACGAAGGGUGCUCUCACCAAUUCGUCGUCUGACUCGUAUAGAUCCAGCACCAGACCCAUUCUGAAAUCCAGCCGCACCGAAUGCUCCACAAUGACUUCAUCGGUGAGCAAAACAAACUCAUUGGAACAAAACCUGAACAGCCAGUACAAGAAACUGUUGGUCUGAUCACAGCGGCACUGGGCAGUGGUUAGUGUUUUUAAGUGCAGAAACACAAAGCUGUAAAGUUAAGGCUACUACAUAAACUGAGCACUUAGUUGGGAUGUUUCUGUUGAGAUUUACUGAAACGGAAGGUAACCAAACAUCUUGCAGUAGUAGAAACACUAGAAAUCUCUUCUUUUUUUUGUCACGAGGACAAACCUACACGCACAAAUGUGAAGUUAAAUCUGGCAUAAAACUGAGUGUAGAAUGCUUCACCUUUUGCUCUGUAUAUUUACAUUUGCACACUGAAUGUUAUUCGCUCUUACGUUUACUGCUUUGUUUUUUUGUUUUUGUAAGCUUUCAGCUAUAUCUUUUCAAAAUGUACAAUAUUUUUAUAUAUAUUUGUUUCUUAAUAAAUAUUUGAAACUCAA